AUGGAUAUGGAACCUACCGACCUGGUUCCCGACCCUCAGACUCAGAUGGGCGCUUUCGGGCGCUUCCCUCCUGAACUACUCAUCGAAAUAUUCGGCGUCUGUUGUACUGAGCAGUCCUCGAUCCUCUCCAGCAACGCCGUAUGCAUCUCACACGUAUGUGCACUCUGGAGGUCGUUGGCGCUAUCCUCUCCCCUCCUAUGGACCUCCUUUUCCUUGGGUCCCAAAAAGCUUUCGAAGCAGGGUUUCUCUGCCGUUGCAGAGGAAGUGAUCACCCGGCUUCUGCGUCUGCAUCUCGAGAGAUCCCAGUCUUGCUUGCUUUCGUUCGAGGCGGACUUCUCGAUUACGAGCUCCUCCAUGCAUGCUGACGCUGUUGCUCUAAAUUUGUUGAGCUUGUUAGUCUGCCAUUCUCAGCGGUGGGAGCGGGUCAAGCUGGCGAUCUCUCCUGCCCUGGAGCCUGUGUACAGCACUCUCCGCGGCAGACUGCCUCAUUUGACAAGCCUGGAGUUCUAUCCGUUUGGCUUUACGGCGUACCAAAGCUCUGAACCUGAUUUCCUCGAAACGGCGCCCAAACUCGAACGCUUAGUCAUCGGAAACUACCUCCCGCAGGAUGUGCCUGUUCCGCUACAUCAGCUCACGGAGCUGCACUUGGGUGCCGCGGUCACUUGGGAUCUGAUGUACUUCCUGUCCCGAGGCUGUUCCCCGCGAUUGAGAACCCUUGUUCUGAAUCCUUAUCAUCCCGCCAAAAAGCCUUAUCAGGUUGCACAAGUCCCCGUCUUCCCCGAGCUGCGCAGACUGGUGCUGGUCAUGCGGGGAUUCAGUCGUAAUCCCAUAGUUGAAGUCCUGAACUUGCUCACUGCCCCCUCGCUCACGACGCUGGAGUUUGUCUGUCGCCGGGAGUUCCAGAUUCCGACGUCCGCGAUUGCGGCAUUCCUCGAACGCUCCUCCACCCGGCUAGCCGAGCUACACAUAACCUUCAAAGCAAAAAUUCUGGUCCCCCAGUUGUUGAGGACGCUGUGCACCCUGCCCUCUGUGACACAGUUCGUGAUCGUCGCAUGGGGCCUAGAAGCAUUCCAGUGUGUGGAAGGCAUCCUUCUUGGGCUGCACCAAUCCGCGGUUUCCAUUUUGCCCAAUCUGCGCAUGUUGGAGAUCCAAGCUGCUGCUCAGCCGACUUCUCUCCUCGAUUUGGUCCGCUCACGAAUGCAUCCCAUCGAUGGCUGUGCAGCUCUGGAACAGCUUGUGCUACAUGACGUUCCUUUUCAAGCCGACGCUCUCGAAGGCCAGGGUCUCACGAUCUUCCGUCUUCCACGCCUAAAACCGUCCGAGUCUUUCAGAGGAAUACCCUAG